UCGUGUUGAAUUGACAACAAAACACGUAUCUCCGUUCGAAAGGGAGAAAAAUCUUAUCAUUUUACAAAAUUUACAUGGAAAAAGCAGUCAAAUGGCUUUAUCUUUAGUGGAUAUGAAGUUCUCAAGCUUUUCAGUGAUAAUUUUGCUCAUAUUCUUAGUGGAUGCAAUAGCAGCACACGAUCCAAAAGGAUUUGAUGAUACAGUUCUCCAUACAAUCGCUUGGCACGGCAAAGACGAUUUGUUGACCAACGCAUUAGAAGAUGAAGAGAUCAUUGUGUCGACAACGAACAAGGAAAAAUACAAAUGCAUUAUUCCUUCGAUUGCCACCAAAGAGCUAGACGGAGAAAUCCAGUAUAGUGGCCCAAGUCCCAUCGAUUUACUGGUUCCGCUGUUUACCCAUUCCUGUUCCUAUAGAAUCGAGAGUUAUUGGACAUAUGAGGUUUGUCAUGGGAAAUACAUCAAGCAGUAUCACGAAGAGCGUCACGAAAAGACGAGCAAACUGCAAGAAUAUUAUCUUGGCAAAUGGGACAAGGAGAAAACGGUUACUCUCAAGGCUUUCUACGAGAACUCCGAUGCAGAAGGAGCAAAGAUGCAGUACAAGAAAAUCGAUGGCCUAAAUCUACCGUAUUUGGAGCUGGAGAUGGACUCUGGAACCGUUUGUGACCUGAACGGCGAACCUCGAGUAACGAAAGUACUUUACGUGUGCUAUCUUCACGGCAAAAAUGAGGUCUACUCGCUGAAGGAAACUUCGACUUGCAACUAUGAGAUUAUCAUUCUGACUCCUUUGCUUUGCGCCCAUCCAAAGUACAAACCCCAAGAUAAUGAGGAGAACAAGGUCAACUGCUACCCGCUGGGGAAUUCUCCCAAAAAGCCGAAGAAUUUGCUCAUGAUGGAGAUUGAAAGCAUGAAGAUCAAAUAUCAAAAGCUAACGGAUGUGCAAAAAAACAUUGAAAACGCAAUUGCAGUCAUUAAUUUGAACGAGGAUGGACCGAUCAAAGUUGAGCUGUUUUCGAACGAUAUUCCAGAUGGUACCAGUCAAAAAGAGUCAACCGACACCGAAAUAGGCGAAGAGAGCAAUACUAGUCCAAUGGACGUUCUUUCCAAAAAAGCUAAAAAGGCAAAAGAACUCAAGCCGUUACUGGAGUUUUUGGCUGGGUCGUAUUGUUUGACCGGAGGCUCGGGCUGGUGGAAGUUUGAACUGUGCUAUGAGAAACAUGUGCGUCAGUAUCACGAAGAUACUUCGAUAUUCCUCGGUUACUUCAACAAGGAAAAACACCUGGAAUGGCUGGAGAAAAAUCCCUCGAUCAGAAAUAAGCGAAAGAACGAAAAUCAGUUGAGUAACUUCUACAGUGGAGGCGAUGUCUGCGACAAAACCAAUCAACAUAGACAGGUGGAAGUGAAGUUGAAAUGCACCGAACAUUCGUCUAGUUCGAAUGCGAUUUCCCUGUACUUGCUUGAGCCUAGGCCUUGUGAGUAUAUUCUAAAUGUGGAGUCGUCCCAGAUUUGUGAUAUUCUACCGUAUGCCGGAGAUAAUAUGCUGCUGAUGGAAAGUCUGCAGAAAAUGGAAGAAGAAACACUGUACAUAAUCGAUAGCAGUAAUAUUAAUAAUUAAAUAAAUACAAUUCAAAUUUUGAAUUCGACAUAAAA